GCCCUGUUUUAGAGUCACCAAAAAGAGGCAACCCAAAAUAAAUUUAUUUUUUAACAGAUUUUGUGUUUUUAUCGAGAUCACUCUUCCAAUGAACCUGUGCGUAGUGAAGACUCAGAAAUUGAAUGGCAAUUAAUUAGAGACCACACACAACGUAAAGAUCGUCGUCCCACUCAAAUGCCCUGUAGUUAUCGUUUACUUGCUGCCGAACAUAUGGAACAAAUGUCCAGGCCACCUUGGGGGAACAAUGCGGCAACUGGUGCAGCAGAGUGCCUUACAAGAACGAUUCCACUAAUUUUGGGACAAAAUGUCAUUCAUAGUUGGGAAUGCAAUUCUGGUAAUUUAUAA